ACCCACUCAUGAUUUUUUAAAAUUGUUUUACAUGUUUCAAAAAAUCUGUUUGCUAACAAGUGGCUAAAUGAGAAUACAGAGGCAGUUUGGGAUAUUAACCGUCACCAUGCCGAACACAGAGACUCAUCUCCUCACUAGCCCACCUUCAUAGCCUCAUUAUGUGUAAACUUGCAUACUUAUAAACAUUUCUAAUUAACUGACAAAUCCAUGAUCACUACCUAGAUUGGGUCACGCUAAGAGGAAAGGAUUUUGUAUAAGAGGUAGCAAAUCAGAAUUUUAACCUGAAUUCAUGGGAUUACCAAUUUGAAGAGGGCUUGAAUCUUGAAUCAGGUUAAACACAGCAGCUGACAUCACACCAGGUUUAUGGCGACUUUGUCUUCUGAUGGCUUUAUUAUUUUAGAGGAAGGAUAAGCAGAUUUUCCUCAGACAUCAGCCCACCUCUCCUAGAGAAGUACAUGAUGUUUUAAUUUGGCUUAAGACACAUACACCUAUUGUACAAAAUCUCUAAAACAAUUAGGAUGGAUUCACUGUAGCAGAGCAAGCAGAUAGAUACCCUGACAGCUCAAUCAUCCAGACUUGCUGUGUCACUGAAAAAGAGCAGCAACGUGCUGCAGCUCUGCUCUGCACCACUGAUCUGAUACUGUUUUCUUAUUCCUCGUAAAAAUGAAAAAAGGCUGACACUGGAUCCACAGAGGAGGAGAAAAAUCUCUUUAGUCUUUACUGCCGCCUUGUGUUUAGUGGUCAACUAUUUAAUUAUCCAGGUGCCUCCUAACAACACAAACAGAGACAGUACAGGCAAGUAAAGACAAUGCUAUUUGAAGAGUCAUGUCACCCUGAGGCUGUUUCGCUUCUGAUUUAUUUUUUGUCUGACGUCAAGUGCAUGGCUUAAAUUCACAGCCAUGUCAUCACAGUGUGCAUAUGCCUGUGUGGGAGAGAGAAGUAUGACAAAGAGAGGUAGAAGAUGUUUGACCAGUUUGUCAACCUGAAUCCAACAUUUUAUACUUGAGUGUAACAUGUAAUUUUUGCCUGGUUUUGCAAUGCGUUGCUCAUCUCUGAUACCUUUUUCAAGGUUAAACAGACCCACAUGCAUGCACACAUGCUAACACACACACACACACACACACCAGAUUAAGGUUAAUACCCUGUCCAGGAGUCGUCUGGCCCUGCAUCCUGUAACACCAGCUGUUGCCCUCCAGCCAUACUGAGACUGGAACAAAAGAAAAGAAGUAAAGAAAGAAAACAGCGCUUAAGAGAGGUAGUUGUUCAACCCUCUCGUCCCUCCUCCUCCUCCUUCUCUGUGGGGGUGUGUCAUUAUGUGGUCUACUGCCUCCUGCAGGCAGACCUGAUGUUUCAGAAGUUCUGAUUUCCUGAACACACUGACACGCUACACACAAUGUUCUUUUGGAAGAAACAGGUGGAUAAAGGAGCAACAAUGGAGAGCAACUGAGACGGAAAUGAGGAAAGAAGAAGCAACAGAAGAAAGGACACGAAGAAAACGCAGAGAAAAGCUGGAAAGCUGCUUCAGCAGACUGGAUUUAGUGAAGACAGAUGAACAAGACUACGGGAAUGAUGGAGAACUGUGUGACCAGCAUGACAAGGACUUGUAUUCCUCUAUAGGGUUCAUAUACAUUCACACAGACAAACACAGACUGCAGAUACCUUUCAAAAGAAUGAGGAAGAUUAAUGGUUUUGAAGGACAGUCAAGAUUAAUCCAUCAUUUCCUUGUAGUCAUCUGGAUUUGGCUGCUGGCAGCCACUCCGCCCACAGCACUUGGAUAUUUUUUGGGAGACACUAAGGCAGUAUUAAAUGGCUGUGAGGACCACUGGACCCUGCAGGACAGGGCGGCCGUGCCACUGCUCUCUCAGAUGACUGUAUGUUUCAGCAUCCGUGUGGUGGUCCCCGGAGCUUGGGUGGCCUUCUCCUAUAACUCAGGCUAUGCACCAAGGCCUGAGCUCGGUCUGGAGGGAGAUGACGAAGUGCUGUAUGGGUGGCUACUAAGGGUCCGACAUCGAUUUCCUGCCCGGCUGUCCCCAGCAUACUGGCAUAGGGUGUGUCUCAGAUGGGACGCACCAGGCAACUUGUUUAGCCUUGAGGUUGAUGGAAGAACAGUGGCCAAGAAGGCAGUCAUUGCUGGAGCCAUCCCCCCCUCCGGCUCCAUGCGGCUGGGCUGUCGCCCCAGAGACCGACCCCUGGGACCCAAGCUCGGAAAAGUAGAGCUGUACUUGUUCCGCAUGUGGCCGGACGUGGGUGACCACGGGCUCUGUGAGGAUGGCACUGUGAUUGGCUGGAGCGCUCAGUACUGGGGCUUGACCAGUCCCAAUGCUAGACAGAGAGACCCCAGUCUCAUGUGUGACCGCAGACGGUUGAGACGAGAGGCUCGUGCUUUGAUUUCAGCACCUUCAAUUACACCUACCUUGAGUCCUGUCAUAGUACCAACUGGCAUUCAGGUGAACAGCCAGAUCCCGAUAGUCACAGGUUCUUCAGUGGUAAAUUGUGACAUCAGCCAGCUCUGCUCCAAUGAUAGUGCUUACUUCUGGAUGAACAUCAGUGUGGAAGUCACACAAGGCAACAAGGGUGAACAAGAUGUGCAAGAUUUGGUGUCAAAUGUGUUCGGUUGUAAAGAUAACACUACAGGAUACAUUUUCUGUCAGGGUGGCACACAACUGCAGACAGUGGAGGUGUCCUGUAUUGCAAAAACAGACAUAAGAAAUACAACCUGCAGUGUGUUUUUGCACUUCAACCGUGCCAUCUUACCAUGUGAACUGCAGAUUGCUGCAGCCUCUGCAUUGCAGCAAAGAAACCAAAUGCAUGCAAGAAUCAUUGGAGAGGUGGAGAGAGUUGGUCGAAAUCUAUGUGACAGUACACAGCCCUCUGUUGGUGAGUUCGUGAGGUGCACGUCCACAUCUUCCCUGAACAGUAUUUGUCAGUCUGACAAACCCUCUAAUCUUACAUGCUCAGUCACAGAGCCCAUGUCCAGCCCAGCUCCACAGUCAAACCCAUACUCCUGCGGCAGUGAAGCUCCUCGCUUUUGUGACUGCACUUCUUUCUGUAGUUCUUCAAGUGAGUUCUUUGCCUUAAGAAUUAACAUCAGCAAGGCAUCUGUUAAUAUUAGCUUCAUACAAAAAAUGUUAACAACUCUUCGUGUAGACCGCCUCUGUGACCCAGAGUCGGGGUCACCAUGUGGAGAUUAUGCAGAGAUUUUAAAGAAGUACCAGCACGCUCACCUGGAAUGUCAUGGGGUACAACAGAGGUUGUACAGCUGCAUGGUGAUAUUGGAAAUGUCUGGACCUGUCAGUGUUUGCUCCCUGAGUGAACUUAUGCAACAGCUCAUUGACAACAUCACUGAAAUAUCAGUUGAAAGACCAGUUACCCGAAUCGUAAUAUGUGGUUCUCCUGGUUUGGAUGUGCGUACACUGUUGGCCUCCAACUUCACCUGGGUUGACAGUGACCUGCUGAUCUCUGAUGUCUGUCAUCCUGACCCUACUUUGCUUAAAUGUGAGGCAAAUGAGACGCUUGCUGUUCUUUUGACUGACAGCUGCACAACACAGUCCAACAGCAGCUUUACUACACCUCCUGAAACCAUGCCAACACUGGUGACCAGCACUAAUGAACAAACUUACCCAGCAACUGAAAAAUCUCCUGCAACUCAAGAGACAAAUGCAUCACGAGGAACAGCUCAGCCUAACAUGACAACUCCACUUACACAGUUAAACAGCACACAGUCCUCAACAGCACAUCCUCUCCUUCAAACCAGCUCACAGAACCUAACUGUGACACCCACUACAGUACUUCAAAACAUAACCACAACACAACAAAACACAACAGAAUUUGUGACAUUUUCCUCUUCCAACUCAACCCAACCCAAUAUCAUAACAUCUGCUAACACUCUCACAUUACAGAACACAACCGCUAUGAUGGAUUCAACACCGAACACAACUACACUGCCUCUCAAUCACACACCAGUGUACAACCUAACUACAGCAAAUACAUUCACAGCUUCUCCCAGUAACACAACAGAGUACACAGUAUCUACAGCAGAACCACUGACACCUUCUCCAAAUGCUACAGUACCUCCCACAGACACACGAGAGAACAAUCUAACUAUAACCAAGACAGUUCCAUCUUCUCCCUAUAAUGAAACACUCUACAAUGCAACCACAGCUGAGACAGUUAUGCUCAGUAACACAACAGCUUACAACAUAACUACAGCCAAACCAUUUACACCUUCUCCAAAUACUACAGUACUCUACAAUGUAACUACAGUCACAUCCAGUAACACAACAGUUUACAAUGUAACUACAGCCAAACCAUUUAUACCUUCUCCAAAUACUACACUACUCUACAAUGUAACUACAGUUACACCCAGUAACACAACAGUUUACAAUGUAACUACAGCCAAACCAUUUACACCUUCUCCAAAUACUACAGUACUCUACAAUGUAACUACAGUUACACCCAGUAACACAACAGCUUACAACAUAACUACAGCCAAACCAUUUACACCUUCUCCAAAUACUACAGUACUCUACAAUGUAACUACAGUUACACCCAGUAACACAACAGUUUACAAUGUAACUACAGCCAAACCACUUCUACCUUCUCCAAAUACUACAGUACUCUACAAUGUAACUACAGUUACACCCAGUAACACAACAGCUUACAACGUAACUACAGACAAACCAUUUACACCUUCUCCAAAUACUACAGUACUCUACAAUGUAACUACAGUUACACCCAGUAACACAACAGCUUACAACAUAACUACAGCCAAACCAUUUACACCUUCUCCAAAUACUACAGUACUCUACAAUGUAACUACAGUUACACCCAGUAACACAACAGUUUACAAUGUAACUACAGCCAAACCACUUCUACCUUCUCCAAAUACUACAGUACUCUACAAUGUAACUACAGUUACACCCAGUAACACAACAGCUUACAACGUAACUACAGACAAACCAUUUACACCUUCUCCAAAUACUACAGUACUCUACAAUGUAACUACAGUUACAACCAGUAACAGAACAGUUUACAGCGUAACUACAGCCAAACCAUUUACACCUUCUCCAAACAACACAACAGCCGAAAAUGUAACAACAGCUGAAGCACUGACACCAACUGAGAAAUCACUCUACAAUGUAACUACAGUCACAUCCAGUAACACAACAGCCAACAAUGUAACAGCUGAAGCACUGACACCAACUGAGAAAUCACUCUACAAUGUAACUACAGUCAAAACAGUUACUCCCAGUAACAUAACAGUUUACAAUACAACUACAUUUACUCCUUAUCCAAAUGGCACAACAGUGUACAAUGUAACUACAAUUACACAUUCCACAGACACAAAAGAGUACAAUGUAACUGCAAACAUGACAUUUACAUCUUCUCCAAAUGAUACAGCACAUUACAAUGUGACGAGCCGUCUUAGUAACAACAAUGCAACUACAGCUGAACCACUUACAACUUCUUCAAAUUAUACAACAGUGUACAAUGAAACUAUAACCAAUGCAAUUACACCCAAUCACACAACAGAGUACAACUUAACUACAGCCGGAAUAGUUACACCCUCUCACAAUCACACAACAGUGUACAAUGAAACUACAGCCAUCACCAAUUAUACUACAGCCUCUGCCAAUUACACAGCAGGGCAGCAGGUCAGAGAUGACAUCAAUGGCACAGAAAGUAACACAACAACACCUUCUCCCAAUGGGACAACAGUCAACAAUAUAACUACACAAUACAAUUACACAACAGCAGACAAUGUAACAACUACAACUGUAUCUCCUAACAACAUAACCACUGCACCCAUGACAGUAACACAACAGAACACCACUGCCACAUAUAUAAACACAACAUUAUCUACCACUGCAUCACAAAUCAACAACAACAAUGCAACAACAUUCACAACAAACACGACUGUGACUUCUGUUGUCAACAGUACCACAGCAAGUGCUCUUAACAACAAGACUACAAGUCACACCACAGCAAUUGUGACUCAAAACAUCACAACAAGCACCAAAAAUGACAUUAACUCCAGCACAGCUGUAACUUCAGGAGUCAAUUCGACAUCUGCUAAAGCUUCCGGUAAUGAAACAGCCCCAGCUUCCAGCAUGAUGACAACUAUAACCACAAAUGGUUCACAAACCUCGAUGCCUAGCAGUACUACUCUCCCAACGACCACCCUGACCAGCACAACCACAACAACUGGUACUGGAACUCACUCCACAACCACUAUAAUGACAACUCCAUACCAAAGCUCAGCAGACUAUAAUGCAGACCGGCUGCUAAAGGAAUCACAGCAGGCAUCCCAGAUGGACUCCUCAGAGGUGAGAAACAUCGUGGAUCAGUUGGAGUACCUUGAGCGUGAGCCCACUGUGUCAAACCCCGUGGGGAAAAAAAUCAUCCAAAUUGUCAGCAACCUAAUGGCAGCAUCCUCAGUGGCCCUCUCAGAAUCUGCUAACAGGUUGAUUCAUGUGGUGGAUAAACUGGGUUAUAUAGUGGAUGUCAGUGGUAACAGUGAACCCCUCUCUUCGGAUUCACUGGUUCUGGCAGUCAGGACAGUGGAUGGAAGCAACUUUCCAACAACAUCUGUCAACAUCUUCAGUACUUAUGAUGUCCAGACCGUCACUAGGUCCCGGUCCAAGAGGUCAGGUUCUACUCCUCUGGCGUCUGCAUUCUUGCCACCCUCCCUCACCUCAGGUCUCAGUCCUCAGCAACAAUACCUGGCCAGCAGAGUCCAGUUCACUUUUUACACCAAACCUGUCCUCUUUCAGGAUCCAUCAUUAAACAAAAUAACCUAUGUCAGUCCUGUCCUGGCCUGCAGUGUUUACAAUUUGUCAAUAAGCAACUUGACAGACAAGAUUCAGUUUACCAUCCAAAACACCGAAACUACAUCUACAAAUCUUGGGGUCUGUGUAUUUUGGGACUUUGAUCUGAAUGGUGGUAAAGGAGGCUGGAGUAAAGUUGGCUGUGAUCGUGUCAAUGCCACAUCAGAAGCAACAACCUGCAGCUGCAACCAUCUUACUUCAUUUGCAAUACUGCUGGAUUUGUCCAGAGAAGGAGUAACUGAUCGUCAGCAAGGAGAAAUUCUGACUUACAUUACUUACAUCGGCUGUGGAAUUUCUGCUAUUUUUCUCGCUGUCACCAUACUGACAUACCUUUUAUUUGAGAAACUGCUGCGGGAUACUCCAGCCAAGAUUCUGGUCCAGCUCUGCUUCUCCCUUCUCUUCCUCAACCUGGUAUUCUUAGUGGAUGGCUGGUUGGCAUUAUACCCAGCAACUGGGUUGUGUAUCAGCACUGCCUUCUUCCUGCACUACUUCCUGCGGUUAGAGGCCCUG